GAGGCAAAGUUGUUCUUGGAUAAAAUACGAAGAAAGAGCGUGGAAACUCGUCUCGCCCCCCCUUAACAUGGCUAAUGGCGCAUGUUUCAACCAAUGGACUAGUAGAAAAGUUGAUUCAAAUAUUUCAAAUGGCAAUAGUAUAUAAACUGGGAGUUUUCAAAAAUUAGCUAAGUAUAACGGUGGCUUUGAGCGAGACUCGGAAAAUUAGUGGUUCAUAUUUUAGAUAGGUGCUACACGGUGUGAAUCUUAAGCAAUGGCAUUUGAAUCUGUUCUAGUGAUGGUGCUUCUAGCUCUUGCAAGUUCAAGAGCUUUGCCUCAGCAUGGGUAUGCAACUUCGCAUCAAAUCUCCAACUUCCAGCAUAAUAUUGCUCCAGUACAUCAUGUGGCCGCCAUCCAUGCCGCACCGAUUCAUCACACAAUCGUAAAAGAGGUUGAGCACCACGCUCCAGCCAAUUACGAGUUCUCAUAUUCUGUGCAUGAUGAGCACACUGGGGACAUCAAGAGUCAGCAGGAGAAACGCCACGGGGAUGAAGUCCACGGGCAGUACAGUCUGAUCGAUUCCGACGGUCAUCAACGCAUCGUCGACUAUCAUGCUGACCACCAUAGGGGAUUCAAUGCUGUGGUACGCCGUGUGCCAACUAAUGUGAAAAUAGCUCAACCAGUGCACAAACUGAUUGCUCAGCCCAUUCACUAUGCUCCAUUGGCACAUGCCAGCAUUUCUCAUCACAUUGCACCAGUUGCUCACCAUAUUCAAGGACAUCAUGCUGCCACCAGUUACAGUACCCAGCACCACUACUAGUCUUUCGGUAAAUAUGAUUGGGCAUCCACUUAACUGUGAAAAAAAUAGUCAAAUACCAUAAUUGCAAUAUAAAAUAAUU